AUGAUUGGUCUGGGCCGGAUGGGCGCUAACAUGACCCAGAGAUUGCUGCUGGCGGGGCACAAAAUUGUCGUCUAUGACCAGAACUCCGACGCCGUGACCGCUAGCAGGGCAGGUGGCGCAGUCGCCGCGACUUCGGUCGCGGAACUGGUCGACAAACUAAGCGCUCCGCGCGCCGUGUGGAUCAUGCUGCCGGCCGGCACGGUGACCGACACCGUGAUCGAUGAACUGGCGGGACUGCUAGCGCCCGGUGACGCAGUCAUCGACGGCGGCAACGCCAACUACAAGGACACGUUGCGCCGGGGCGAACAGCUUUCGCAUCGUGGCAUCCACCUGCUGGAUGCCGGUACCAGCGGCGGCGUCUGGGGUUUGGCCGAAGGGUACUCAUUGAUGGUGGGCGGCGAUUUGGAUACCUUCCGGCGACUGGAGCCGAUCUUCCAGGCGCUGGCUCCCGCCGAAGACAAGGGUUACUCGCACGUCGGACCCACGGGUGCCGGUCACUUCACGAAGAUGGUUCACAACGGGGUCGAGUACGCGCUGAUGCAGGCCUACGCAGAGGGUUUCGAGCUGCUCCAGGCCAAGCAGGGCGACUUCGAUUUGGACCUGACCGCGAUCGCCAAGACGUGGCAGCAUGGGAGCGUCGUUCGGUCGUGGCUGCUGGACCUGGCGGUUCGCGCGCUGGAAGACGACCCGGCGCUGGAAAGCCUGUCCGCUUACGUUGACGACUCCGGUGAGGGCCGCUGGACCGUUAACGAAUCUGUGGAGUUGGGGAUACCCACGCCGGCCAUCACCGCCGCGUUGUACCAACGGUUCCGGUCGCGUCAGGAGGAACCUUUCGGCGCGCGAUUGCUGGCGGCGUUGCGAAAUCAGUUCGGGGGGCACGCGGUUCGCACAUCGAAUCGGGAGACGGAAUGA